GCAUAAAUACCCGCUUUUAGCAAACCCUGGGCUCAGAGCAAGAGAUAAGACGCAAGGGCCAAGCCCGGGCCCAUUGCACCAGCCCGCAGCUUGGCCCGAUAAGCCCUGCCAAAAAAAAACCCGUCCGGCCUCGUUUAUUUUCCCUGCUGUUUUUUUUUUUUUUUUGGCCUCGCUGAUAAAGCAGCCCAGCCUUUUCCCCGUGGGAGGACCGUCCGGGACGUGGCCGUGCGUGCAGCUGCGGAGCGGGGCAGCGAUGGUGCUCUUCGUGGCGGCGGUGCUGGCCUGCCUGGGGGCGUGCGCCGCAGCCGUGCCCACCUCGCCGACCCCCCGAGACGUGGCUCGCUCUGCCGUGGAGCUGUACAACCAGGAGACGGCAACGAACGCCGUGUUCAGGCUGCUCAAGCUCAAAAACGUCCACAAAACGAAAUUUGAAUGGGGCGUGCACUUCAGCAUCAACUUCACCGUCAAGGAGACAACCUGCCGGAAGAGCAUGGGCAGCUACCGCAUUGAGAACUGCCAAUACUGGCACAGCGGGCAAGUCAGACAGUGCUCGGCCCAGGUCUCUGUUCUGGACUUCGUGCAAGAGGCCCCUUUGACGUCCGUGACUUGCGUCCCGCAGCAGCGAGUAAAGCCCAAGGCCCAGGCACCCCGUGAGGUGACCGUCCGCCUCCCGGGCUCCCUGUCCCUCGCUGCCCAGGUGGUACCGGAGCAGGACUGAUGCGCCCGAGCCCCAAGAGCCUGCCCCACGCCAGACACCUUUGCAGAGGCUGCCUUGGCGCUUGUCCAGACGGGUGGCCGCAUCGCACGGGAGUGUCUCAUUGCCGCCGGCUGGACUCGUGUCUGGCU